AUGGCAUUAACAAAUGCAGAGAAGCAGAGAAGAUAUCGGGAAAAGAGAGAUAGUGACCCUCAAAGAAGGUCAGAGUACCUGCAAAAGAAAAGACAAAAAUAUAUCCAAGAUGUAGCUGUCGGGAAACGCAAACACAUUGAACAGUUGUCUUCAAGAGAUCAACGUCAGCUACGAAGAACAUGGCGAAAAAAUCAAAAAGUCAGCAGAAAGAGAAAGAAGGACAAACAGAAUUUAUUAACCCCUCCGGAUUCUCCAAUACUUCUUCAACCACAUCAACAAUGUUCUGGAACCAAACGUCGGGAGAAGUCUAGAGCACAAUGUUAUCGUGAUAAGAGAAAGUUACAAGAGCAGCUGCUAGAAGAGAGAAAGAAAAAAAUGAUGUAUAUGAAGAGAUGGUUGAGAGAAAAAGAGAAAAACAAAAAAUGUCCUGCAGAUGAAUCACCCCACACAAAGUCCAAAAAAUUGUUGAGAGGUGUGAAAUUUAACUUUCCAUCUAAAAAGAAAAAAUCCACUGUCAGACGUUCUCUAGAGUUCCACUUUGUGCUUACAAAAGCUUUAAGGCAAAAGUACAGGAGAGGAAGUCAAAAACUGAAAC